GGUGCGCCUGCCUAUUAUUAGCUACGGAGGCCUUACAGUAAGUGGAGGUGGUUCCAUGACGGGCAGAGCUGCAGCUCUGCAGCGCACCGACAGACUCCAGGUCAGCGUUCGCAUUUUUGGCAAAGCGAUCGGACUUAACGUCGUGAUCCAGCGGACCUCUCCCGACACAUCUGCGCUCUGUUUCAAAGCCUCGGUCACCUUACCUCGAAGAUGAAGUUAAACGCGAGCCGCCGUCAGGUGCAAGCCGCAUCCGAUGGAGCCCUGCUUUUUGUCUCGUCCGUCGACCAACUCCAUGCAGCGCUUCCUUAUGUUGCGGUCCCAGUUGACAGAUUCUGAUAUGGACUAUGAGAGGCCAAACGUCGAAACUAUCAAGUGUGUGGUGGUGGGAGACAAUGCCGUUGGAAAGACCCGCCUUAUCUGCGCCCGGGCCUGCAAUGCCACACUGACUCAGUACCAAUUACUCGCUACACAUGUGCCCACAGUCUGGGCUAUUGACCAGUACAGGGUGUGCCAGGAGGUACUAGAGCGCUCCAGAGAUGUCGUGGAUGACGUCAGUGUGUCCCUUCGCCUUUGGGACACUUUUGGAGACCAUCACAAGGACCGGCGUUUUGCAUACGGCAGGUCUGAUGUGGUGGUGCUGUGCUUCUCUAUCGCCAACCCCAACUCUCUUUACCAUGUGAAGACCAUGUGGUACCCUGAGAUCAAGCACUUCUGCCCCCGUGCUCCUGUCAUCCUGGUGGGCUGUCAGCUGGACCUGCGAUAUGCAGACCUGGAGGCAGUGAACAGGGCACGGAGGCCUUUGGCUAGACCCAUUAAAUCCAAUGAGAUCCUUCCUCCAGAGAGAGGCCGGGAGGUGGCCAAAGAGUUGGGAGUGCCAUAUUAUGAAACCAGUGUUGUUGCUCAAUUUGGAGUCAAGGACGUCUUUGAUAAUGCUAUCCGAGCUGCACUCAUCUCACGCCGCCACCUGCAGUUUUGGAAAUCUCACCUCAGAAAUGUGCAGCGGCCUCUCCUUCAGGCGCCCUUCCUGCCACCAAAACCUCCCCCACCUAUAAUCACUGUGCCUCCUCCCCCAACCACCACAGAGGAGCAUCCGGUCGGGCUUCUGGAGGACCCACACUGUGCUGACGUCAUCCUGGUCCUGCAGGAGCGGCAGAAAAUCUUUGCACACAAGAUAUACUUAGCGACAUCCUCUUCAAAGUUCUACGACCUCUUUAUCAUGGACACACAAACUGAGGAGACUGAAAGGCCCGCUCGUGGUCCCCUCUCCGGUCGAGAGCUGCUGAUGCGUGCUGCUAGCUUUGAUGUUUGCGAGAGCAGCGAUGACGGAGACAGGGCCAACCUGAGGGCCUGCACUAGCGAUGGGACCCUGAAAGACUCCGAGGGCGCCAGACGGGGCAGAAUGCUCUCCUCGUGGAGCCGAGCUUUCGUCAGCAUCCAGGAGGAGCUGGUGGAUGACCCUGUAACAUACAGCCCCAGGCCCAUGACCGUAGUGCACAUGGACCAGUCCAUGCAGCUCGGCCCUUUUCGAGCUGUGCUUCGCUACCUGUACACAGGUCAGCUAGACGAGAAUGAGAAAGAGCUGAUGCACAUUGCACACAUUGCUGAGCUGCUGGAGGUCUUUGACCUGCGGAUGAUGGUGGCAAACAUACUGAACAAUGAAGCCUUCAUGAACCAAGAAAUCACCAAAGCCUUCCAUGUACGGCGCACAAACAGAGUCAAAGAGUGCUUGGCCAAAGGCACCUUUUCUGAUGUAGUAUUCAAGCUAGACGAUGGGACGAUCAUGGCCCACAAGCCUUUACUCAUCUCUAGUUGUGACUGGAUGGCAGCUAUGUUUGGUGGGCCUUUUGUGGAGAGCUGCACCAAAGAGGUGCUGUUUCCCAACACAACUCGCAGCUGUAUGAGGGCUGUGCUAGAAUAUCUGUAUACGGGGCGGUUUUGUUCCCGGCCUGACCUGGAUGCAAUGGAGCUUAUUGUGCUUGCCAAUCGUCUUUGCCUCCCCCACCUGGUUGCACUUACAGAGCUCUACACAGUGACAGUAUUGACAGAGGCAGCGAUGAUGGGGGCUGACAUUGAUGGAGAUGUGCUGGUGUACUUGGAUAUGGCCCAGUUCCACGGUGCCCAGCAGCUCACUGGCUGGUGUCUUCACCACAUCUGCACCAACUACAACAGUGUUUGCCGCAAGUUUCCCCGAGACAUGAAGGCCAAGUCUACAGAGAACCAAGAGUACUUUGAAAAACAUCGCUGGCCACCUGUGUGGUACCUGAAAGAGGACGACCACUACCAAAGAGCACGCAAAGAGCGCGACAAGGAGGACUACCUGUACCAGCGACGGCAAUGUAAACGCAAGUGGCUCUUCUGGAACCUUCCUUCCUCCCCUAACUCAAACUCUCCCUCUUCUGGCUCGUCCGCUGUCAUCUGAUCAAGUGGUAAGGCCAGGUCCACUCUGGAGUGAAGAACAUCAGUGUGGAUGCGAGUUGUAAAAGAUACAAUUAGAAGAUAAGCACUGCUGGCUUGGUACGCCCCAAUUAUUCAGGCACACAGUUUCUCCUCCGGUUUGUUUGCCUCUGCAGUCGAACGGCGCGCCUCCAGGUUUGCAAGGUCAGCUCAAUCUGGCAGAUAAAAUAAUGAGUUUUGUUCCUUAGAUUUUUAGCUUGGUGUACUCAAACCUCAGUGAUAAGAACCUCACUGACAAAUGGCACAGUGUAACUGGCGCAAAUAACAACUCAUAUUGAUUGUUAUAUGUUCCACUUAGUUUUACAUUUUAAAAAUAGAACUCUGCUGGCACAGAAUUUUCCACAUAUGAUCAUAAUUAUCAUCAAUUAACCUGAACUGAUAACCAAGUGCUGCUUAUCAGCUGCAACAACCAGCAAUUCAACACAGAACUUCUCAGUCUCAGAGAUAUAACACUUUGCCCUUAAGUGUUUGUACAAUCUACCAAACUAUGUGUACAGUAUGAUCUCAUCAACAGGAUGUAACAGUGAUAUAGCCUGCCAGGAAUCAGUUACUGAAGACAUUCACGCUAACCAUGCUGAUUUUGAUCGUUCACGCAAAGCUAAAAAUACCGGAAAGUUCCACUUCUGUUUGUUUUUGUUCAGUCAUUCUAUUUAUGAAUGUUUGUGUGCGGCUUGCACAGUUAAAAGUGAUGUGAGUCCGGCCACACUCAGCAAUUUACGUAUUGUGAUCAUGUGAUUUGUGGCCUCUUGUCACAAAAGGGCUUUAGUUUACACGAAUGCAUUCAGUGUCCUGAGACACAAGAGAUCCCAAAUCAAGGAAAAUAAAUAUAUUUUCUGUAAAAAUGCCAGCAAAAACAAACCAGAUCAAUAUUAUUUCCAAUGUGUUGCUAGAUGAGGCUUGUUAGCACACUUUCCCUGAAAAAUUCCUUCAGGUUUGCAUUGAAUGGUUCCAUCAGCUUGAUCACUGUCCAACAACACAUGAUGCAUCUCAGAGCCAACAGCAACAUUUCCAGAGCUGAAGUGACUACAUGUACAUUAGCAUCCCUCUCUGAUGGUGUGUUUGAUGCAGCUGUCACCGGUGGGGAUUGGCCUUUAGAAAUGUAUCUUAGUUGAUCAGAGGAUGCCCCCUGACUGUCUGCAGUUGGCUGUGUAAGACUUGUACAUGCAGGAGGCUUCCUCGUGCCUGGUUGAAGUCAUCCAUACUCUUCUACACACCUUGAGCACUUUCCGGACUCUCCUCCACAGAGACAUACACAAGAACCUCCAGCUGCAGCAUCCUGGUAAAUGGUACUAAAGACAGUGUGGUGUCACGAGACGCUGCAGCAAAUGUAAAGAAAGGAACUGGGGUGGAUACAAGACCAUGAUGUUUAAAGAAACAUUGUGAAGAGGUUUAGAUCAAAUCAUUUCUCUUGAUUUGUGUUGCAUACCUCACAGUAUAUGUUCAAGAUUGUCAUCUACUGUUGUACUUGAUUGUAGGUUGGACUUAUAAGCAUGGUGCUCAGUGAAGAUGGGUAGUAUUGUAAAUUGUACAGAUUAUCAGAUGAACUGCAAGUAACUUGCAUCACUCUAAUGUGCAGUUACCUAAUAUUGUGCACUGCAGGCAGUGAGCAGAAUCAUACAGUAUUACUGAGUAAUACAUAUACUGAAUAUAGACUUGACUUAUCUGACUUGCAUUUAGUUACUGUGCAGCUACAAACUGUUGUUGAAAAUAACUGAAUACUCAUUGUGCUGACCUCCAGUUACAUCUACUAUAUACUGUAGUAUAAAUGCAAAUUACAGGCAGUUCAAAUGAACCGUGGACUAAUAUUAGAAUAGGAUUAAAGUGCAAAGUAGACACAUGUUUAUAUAAAUGACAUUAAAGACUGCAUCCAAAAAAACACGCCAUUGUUAUCAAAAAAAGUAAAUUCUGAUUGCAGCAUUUGCUUUUGCAGCAUAUGUUAAAGAACGGCUUGCUUUAAUCCUGCAUAUGAUUGGUUCUACUUUUCCAUACGGUUUUUGACGAGGCAGAUAUUUAGAGCCCCACAAAGUGGUCAAUUCAGUGACAAAACCAAUGUCUUGCUUGCAUUAACUCAUGACUUAAUAACUACACUGCAUGAACAGGGCUCGCUGAAAUAGAUGAAGUUCAUUCAUUGUCAUUUAAAGUGUAAGAUAUAGAUUAGUAGUGGUACUGGUGCUCUAAGCAGUAGCUUUAAAUUGUUCUCAAUUACAUUACCCUUUGUCUGUUACUAAGUAAACAUAAGAACUGUCAUUUUGAAUAUCUUAAUUGAUCAAAUAUUUUGGUACACGUGGUCAGACAUUAGACCGAAGGAUGGGCUUUCAGGAGUAUUUGCUCUUUUAGAGUCAUCUUUAUCCUAAUUCUGAAUGUUUGAAUUUAUUAGAUCUGAAUAAUAAAUAAAUAUGUCCAGUUUUCACCCAAAAUGCAGUUUAUUAUAAUAGUUUAACAGCAGGAGGGUCAGUAUUGUUCUAUUUUGCCUUGGUGGUGUGAUUGAUAAAUUUCAUACACGUGCAUUUCAUUGCUCAGUACAUUUCAUUUAUCAAUGAAUCUUCUGCUGAUGUUUUGCAUCAACAACACCUCAUGCCUUAAUGUACAGUGUAGUGUAUGGUAUCGAAUGUAAAGUAGUUUUACUGUGGUUACUUGUUUGUUUGCUAUAUGUUCAGUUACCAUGGUGCUCUCUAGGUUGUGUGUUUGUUCGUAAAUGUACAUAAUCCAUCACUUGGAUGUAAAGCAGUCGACUUAUGAUUCGGGGAGUUCGGUGUGUGUUUUAUGUUCUUUUAAAGCCGUAAACACAAAACUAAUUAAGACUAUGAAGGCCACACUAGACUAACAUAAUGACAAACCAUCAAUUCGUGACAUUAACCAUGAAAUGAAUGCAGGGAUUUCAAAUUUGUCUCAUUAUUUUAAAGUUGCUUUAUGCUGAUGAGCUCCAAUUUUGGAGUCUGCAUAAUAAAAAAAAAUGCUGAAACAUUGCAGCCAUUGGAAAUUGUAUUGUAACUCUAACAUGUAAAUAGUAAUUGUGUGAUGACUUGCAAUUCAAACUUGGCAUAGCAAUUGAUACAAGCUAUUGCAUAGUUUAACAUAGAUAACACUGUUUUUGUACUAUGCAUACUGAAAUGUCUGACUUUGAAACUACAAACUUGCACUGCUUUGUAGCACCAGGUUCAAUUCAAACUGCAUCAGAGGGUAUAGCAACAUCAUUAGAUACUAGACAACAUCAGGUUGAAAAAAAAAAAGACAAAAACAAAAAAACAGAUUAGAUCAUAAAUUACAAAGAAGUUGUCACUGGGCCCUUUUCCAUAUGUUUGGGUGCUAAUAUCACCGCUGCAGAGAAGCACAAACCAAAGGGAGCUUUAGCAGCACCAGGAAUAUAUAUGCUGCACAAUCACUACUGCAUAGUUUAAGAGGCCUUGUUCAGAUAUGGUUGAAAAUUAAAUAAAAAAAAACAUAAUAAAUUGAAAGAAAAAAACUUGAAUGUUUUCUCAGUGUUCAAAGCCUGGAUGACAUUUUCCUUAGUCAUCGGGUACUUUUGUUCUCAAGAGCUGUUUUUAUUGUUUGGGAGCUGUAAAUCUGAAAUUCUGUAGCAUGUGUUCUUGGAAAUGUGUAAAUAAUAUUUACUAAAUAAAAAAAGGAGUAC